GAAGUAAUCAGCUCCUUCAGUGGAGCAAAGGUAACUAUAGCUACUCAGACAUUCCUGGACUCGGUGGUCAAAUGAAUCCUUCAGAUAUUAGUCGACUCCCUUGGUCUUUCCUCACCCUGCUGACAGCUGCUUGCCAGAGUCCAGAUGAAUGCCAAAGCUCCCUCCAGGAUCCGAUGAUUACAGGGCAGCUAAGCAAGCCGCUGCUCUCCCUGCGCAGCGACAUGAGCGCGGCAGAACUCCGGGCAGACGACAAAGCGGCCACCCCAGACAGCGAUCUGAACGACGAGCCCCUGCUCCUGCCCUCCGAGGCCACGGACAGAGAAGGCUCUCCCAACAAGCUGUAUGGAGCUCGUGACGGUUCGGUCCAGUCUGACACCAGCAGCAGUCCCUCUGAGCAGAGUCAACUAGGGCAGUCCCACCCAGGAUACCCGAUGGGUCCACAGUCUCUCCUGGUGGCCCAGCAGCUGGCCAACGCAGUAGGAGGCGUGAUGUCCGGGGCGGCGCCAGGCAUGAACCAGCCCAUUCUCAUCCCCUUCAACGCAGGCGGACACCUGGGCGGGCAGCAGGGCCUCGUUCUCUCACUGCCUACCGCUAACAUCCAGAGCCUGGUGGCUGCUGCUGCUGCAGGGGGCAUCAUGACGCUCCCGCUCCAGAACCUGCAAGCUACCUCAUCACUGAACUCCCAGCUCCAACACCUGCAGCAGCUCCAACAGAUGCAGCAGCACCACCACCAGCAGCAACAGCAGCAGCAACAACAACACCACCAUCACCAACAGCCCCACGUACACACCCAGAACCAGCUGCCACCUCAACAUCACGUGACCCCACCCAGCCAGCAGCAGCAGCAGACCUCCGUCCCGUCUCCGGGCUCUGCCUGCUCGUCCGCCUCCGGACAGCCGCAGCACUCCCCGCCACACCGGCCCAACCAGUCGCCGGCACGCAGCCUCCCUUCGCCCGUCACCCCGCCCAUGCCUUUGCCGCUGAAUCCGUUGGCCAGCCAGGUAGCAGCGGCAGCAGCCAUGGGAUCCAUCGCCGGCUCUCAGGUGUUUGGAAACACCCUGUCAAACCUGCAAGGAGCCACCGGACAGCUGGUCACCAACGCACAAGGACAGAUAAUUGGAACAAUCCCACUGAUGCCCAACUCUGCAGGGCCCUCCAGCCAAUCAGGAGGUGGCAACCCAGCACUGCAGGUACAGCCAAUUACACCUCAGCUUCUGACCAACGCUCAAGGCCAGAUCAUCGCCACGGUGAUCGGCAAUCAGAUCCUGCCUGUCAUCAACACCCAGGGAAUCACGCUGUCACCAAUCAAGCCUGGACAGCAGCAGCAGGGUCAGACAGGCCCAGCAUCAUCUCAGCCCAACCUGCUCCACAUGCCCCACAGACAAAGUCCUCUCCACCAGGCUUCCUCCUCCUCCUCCACCUCCUCCUCUUCCUCGGCUCUCAGCGUGGGACAGCUGGUCAGCAACCCGCAGACCGCCCCCAGCGAGGUGGACGGGGUCAACCUGGAGGAGAUUCGCGAAUUUGCCAAAGCAUUCAAGAUCCGCCGGCUGUCCCUGGGCCUGACACAGACUCAGGUGGGCCAGGCGCUCAGCGCCGCCGAGGGGCCGGCGUACAGCCAGUCUGCCAUCUGCAGACACACCAUCCUGAGAAGCCACUUUUUCCUACCACAGGAAGCCCAAGAGAACACUAUAGGUAACAGUCUGACAGGCAAACUGAACCCUGGCCUUUUAUAUCCUGCCAGGUUUGAGAAGUUGGACAUCACCCCUAAAAGCGCCCAGAAGAUUAAGCCCGUUCUGGAGCGCUGGAUGGCCGAGGCUGAAGCCCGCCACCGAUCCGGCAUGCAGAACCUGACUGAGUUUAUCGGCAGCGAGCCUUCCAAAAAACGCAAGCGGAGGACCUCUUUCACCCCGCAGGCGCUCGAGAUCCUCAACAGCCACUUUGAGAAGAACACGCACCCCUCCGGACAGGAAAUGACGGAAAUAGCGGAGAAGCUGAACUAUGACAGGGAGGUGGUGCGUGUCUGGUUCUGCAACAAGAGGCAAGCCUUGAAAAACACAAUAAAGCGCUUGAAACAGCCCGACCUCGGCCCGGCUGCGCCGAUGGACCCUCUCACCGAUUCUCUAGAGGAGCUCCCGAAAUGAGCGAGCUGGAGUCGAGCUGGAGUGGAAAAGUGGCAGCCAUUAAAAACAAACAAACAAACAGACAAACAAAGGUGGAUGAACUCAUCUUUGACACGAGAACGGACGGACAGUCGAUGAGUUUGCAAACAAAAACUAUGUGUUGUCAGUGUGAUUACCACAGCUAUGUAAAUGACUUGGCGAAACCAAAAACAUGAAAAAAGAGAUUAAUAUCUGAAGAAUUGUGUACAAACAUAAACGGUGUGCUGUUUCAAAGAGUUUUAGAUUCUGGCCUCACUGACCAGACUAUCGCCCAAAUUUUGGUUCCCGCGAGGAGGGAUUUAGUAAAGAGAUCAUACCAAAUCAAAACACUAUUUACCAAAGUCUGUUGCAUCUGAGUACUAAGAAUAAUUUUGUAAUGUAAAUGUGCUCUAAAUUUUUACAUUUGUACUGGCAGAUCUAAGCUAUAUGUGUGAGGUUGAGUAUACAUUUUAUCUUUGUCUCGCUUACUUUUUUCUUCAUUGUUUGUAUGUAAAUAUCUUUAAAAAACAAAAAAGAAAAUUGAAAUCACACACACACACACACACGAAAACAAAAAAAAAAGUAUCUUUGCUGUUAAACAAUUGCAUAAUAAUGUUGUUUGCCUCUGAUUUGUGUUUCAUCUGCAGAUAUUUUCAGUCACGGUGUAACUUUGUACAACUUUUACAGGUAUUUAUUAUUAAUAAUAACGAUGAUGAUCUCAUGAGAUUGUUUCAGAGCGUAAACUUUCACGUGACGACGAUGGUGACGGUGUGAUGGGUUUCUGUCAAGUUUACCGCAGCUUUGUUUUGAGCUACUGUGUCAUUCUGUUGCCAAAGCCUGAUAGCCAAAGAACACAUAAAAUUCAGCUCAAGGACUGGUGAACAUUUCAACUUUUCAUUUAUUUGUUGCUUCACUUUUUCUUCCCCUCUCUUCUGUUUCACUCUGUGGGUCGACAAAAAAAGAGACGCUAUCAUGUCAAACUGCUGUUAUUCCCUCAUCACGCCUAAGAUAGAAAAUAUGUUGGAUGACGUUUUCUUUUAAUUUGCCUCUGCAUGCUCCGACACAAACCACACGAAGGAGGAUUAUUAAAGAUGAACUUCACCAGAUCGAGCCCCAAAAAAAUUUACAUGCAUCUAUUUUCUGCAGCCGCUUAUCCUCAUCAGGGUCGCCAGGGGACUUUAGCGAGAGUUGCCACUUCAUCACAGGGCACAUAAAGACACCUACGGGCAAUUUAGAACCACCAAUUAACCUGUUACGUGCCUGUCUUUGGACUGUGGGAGGAAGUACCCCGACAGCACUAACCAUUGCAUUACUGUGGCGCCCAAAAACUGACAUAAUCUGAAUUUUGCUGACGAUUAACGUUAUUUUACACGUUAAACCCUUUAAUUAAACCCUGAAAUUAAGUUAUCGUCUGAUUAUUGAAGCCUGAUUGUUGCCACUGAUCAAACAAACCACUGAGCUCAUUCCAGUUCAGCUGUUUUAUAACCUUAGAUGUGCUUUUUCCUUAAUAUUCUGCACUCCACGCUGCUAAAUGAAGGUUUACAGAUGUUACAAUCAACCUUUUUAGAUGAUUUUAUUCAUUUUUCCUGCAGUAAAACACUUAAAAAUGUUAAUUUUAACAGUAUUUUGUGUUACCAAACUCUUCACUUGAUUUUAACUUGUGAGAAAUGUUAAUAUUUUUCCUCCGCGGACCAUCAAAUAGUUUCCUUUCACACACACACACACGCAAAAAAAAAAAAAAACCCUCAAGAGGUGAAUCUUGAGAAUAAGUGUCACAUGUCAGAACGAGUGAACUUAAUUUGAAGUGAGGUGAAAUUUGAUGCAAUUUAUUCGGAGAUCACGUGUCUGCUCGAUAUCUGUCCUUCCAUGUCACAUUGGUUAUCUCAGACUUUUAGACUCUCGGUCCCCUGUGCACUGCUGUGUUCUUCUUCACUGCCUGUAAAACACUUAGACGCACACACACA